AUGCGUAUACUCUGUCUCCAUGGAUAUGGCAUGAAUGUCGAUGUCAUGAAACGCCAAAUGGCUGCACUAAUAAAGUUCUGUGACCCCAGUUGGGACUUUAUUUUUUUGGAAGCCACUUUAGACUGCCCUCCUGCUCCUGGAGCAAAAGCUGUCUCAGCUGGUCCUUUUUUCUGUUGGUCGAGAGAUUUCCGUCCUCUAAGCAUUGAAUCUGCGUACGCCGCCGUGGAUAAGGUCUUCAAGCAACACGGCCCCUUCGAUGGGACCUUCUGUUUCAGUCUUGGUGUGACUGUAAUGGUCGGCUAUUUACUUCAGCAAGUCACCCUGCAUCCAGUCACACCUCUUCCUGUGGGAUUUGGAAUAUUUUGUUCAGCGGCCCCUGUGUUAUCUGCAGAUCCAGAGUAUUGUCACUCUAUUUUUGGCUCUUUAUCACCCGAAGACCUUCAACAUCUACGCUCCACGGAAGAUGAUCGCCUUGCUCAGAUUGCAGAGCCUGCUCAAACAGCUGUCCGGGCUUUAUUAAGAGUCACCGAUAUAUUGGAGCCCAUUAUUCGUCUGACACGAAAAGACUUGCUGCAUCGUCCACUGCUGGAGAUUCCUUGUCCGUUGGAUCCGAGCUUGUUUAAAGCUCGCCUUUCAAUUCCAACACUACAUGUAAGGGCAAAGAACGACGCAAUAGGUCUGAGAGAGACUUCAGAUCUGGCUGGGUCCUUUUGUGAAUCAAAAUGGAGGCAAACGUAUGAGCAUAGUGCUGUUCAUAAUCUUCCCCGCUCUCCGGCUGAGGCACAGGAGAUGGCGGCUGCUAUGAAGUGGGUGAUCUCGAAGAGCCAGAUGUCGAAACUAUGA